AUGUCACAACGUCAGACGGAUCGUAAAGGAAAGAAGACAUUCAGAAUAGAGCAAGCUCUGAAAGAGAAAGAGACGGGGAAUACGUUCUUCAAGAAGGGGAAUUACAAAAAGGCUAUUGAGCACUAUGGGAAGGCAUUGGAAUUGGAUCCCAAAGAAGCGGUCUAUGUCAUUAACCGAGCAAUGGCCCAUUUGAAGUUGAAAAAUUGGGUAGAAGCCGAAAGUGACUGUACUCUAGGAUUAUUACUACACCCUGGUAAUGUCAAAGCUCUUUGGAGAAGAGGAAUUGCGAGAAGAGAAAUGGGAAGUUUGGAAGAAGCCAAAAAAGAUCUCGAAGAUGCAUUAAAGUUGGAGCCAAACGACCAAUCGAUCAAUGAUGAAUACUCUAAAGUCAUGGAUGCUAUUAAUACCGUUCAAGUGAAACCGAAAGAGAUUUUCCAAAAUGCAACAAUCACCAAUACAGUUGAAACCAAAGCCAUUGUGAAUAAGAUAUCUAGAAGAAGGUUAACCGUUGAAGAGGUCGAAUUCGAUGAGGAUGAGCGAAUCAUCGAGUCGACAAAAAGAAUGCAGCUAACUAGUGAUAAAAACGAAGAAGUAAAAAGUCCUAUCAUGUAA